AGCAGUUUCGCCCGACUUCCCUCUCUACCGGCCGUCUUUUCGCUUUCGUUCUUUGAGUUGCGCGCGAGCUGCGAGGCUCUUCUUCCCUCUCCGAUCGUUCGAGCUGCGAGGAUCUUCGUCUUCCUCCAAUUAUUCGAAGGCAUUCUUACCCAUUCACUCGCCAACCGCAAGGAUCUCUCUCUCGUCCAAUUAUUUGGUUGUCGGGUCAGCCCGCAAGUAACUCUCCAACCCAUUUGUCCUCAACAUAUGAGGAUGUCAUGCAGGGGGACGAUCUAUGUACAAGUUGGUCAAUGGACUCAACUUCUCAAACGGGACAUAAUGGUGCAGAUUGGCAAGAAGAGAUUUAUCUAAAAAUACAAGCCCUGAGAGAGGCGCAUUUAGCUGAACUGCAGAAAUUCCAUCUGAGGAUCUCCCAGCGAUAUGAGCAGACUGAGAUGUUGCCUCUUGCAAAGCGACCUGAUAAUUUUGAGAAAUUGAAAAGGUUCAAAUUGUGGCUGGAUGGCUUGCUAGCUUUCCUUCAGAUUUCUAAAAGUAGUAUUAAAAUUACCUUCAAAAGAAAACUUCCUUAUUAUGAGGAACAAAUACUUGGAUUGUUAAAUAUAUCUAGAAGCCGUGGCCAGCAGCAGCUCAAGCAUCCUGUUGGACACGCUCAAGCUCAAAGCUCACCCCAGCAUCAACCAUCUCAAGUUUUACAGUUGCAGCAGCAUGAAAAUCAUGGAAACCAGGUGCUGCUAUCGGCAGUGACCUCCAGAAUGCAACAUGGGUCCGUGACACUAGCUACUUUAGCUGAUCCCGCAACACAGCAGAAUGCAACAAAUUCAGUCCAGUCUGCCUUUGAAUUGGAUCAUGUCCAAGUGAAUUUUUUUGGUUCGCUGCAACAAGGUUCGGUGGGAUCAGUACAACAAAUUGGUGUUGGUCCUUUGCAGAAUUCAAUUAGUCCUGCCCAACAAACCAACCUUAACAAUCUUUACUGUGCAUCAAUGGAUACAACAGCUCAAACGGGGCACAUAAUGGUGCAGAUUGAUUGGCAAGAAGAGAUUUAUCUAAAAGCCUGUAUUCAAGGUUCAAAUGGUGCUCAGGUUGGAUCUCGCUUUCGAUGCAGUGAUUAUCCUUACGGGCUCUGA